AUGGAUAACAGGACAAGUAAUAUGAGUGAAGUGCCUGAGUGUAAUGUGAAUAUUGAUGAUUUUGGUAUGAUUGAUAGUAGCACAAGUAAUAUUAAUGAAGUAUCUGACUGUAAUGUCAAUUUGGAUGAGCAUACUGCAAGUGGUUUGGUGGUGGACCCAGCAUUGCAUAUGUGCUUUAAUUCCAUGGAUGACGCAAAAAACUUUUACAAAAACUAUGCUAUUAGAUGUGGUUUUGCUGUCCGCACAAGAACAUCAAAAAAGGAUGACUACAACAAUGUAAUCUACCUAAGAUUGGUGUGCUCUAGGGAAGGUAAAUAUGUUUCCUCAAUCAAUCCCGAAGUUAAAACACUUCCCAGCCAAACCAACCAAUGUCCAACUGGAAUAACGAUUUCAAAAAAGGACGACAAAUGGUUUAUAAGAACUGUUAACCUAAAGCACAACCAUGACCUAUGCCCAAAUACUUCAAAGUUAAUUCCUGGCAAUAGGAAAUUGAGCAUGCAAGCUAAACGUACUUUGGAGGUCAAUGACGAAGCUAGAGUCCGAAUUAAUAAGAGUUACCUUUGUGUAAUGACCGAUGCAGGUGGAUAUGAUAGCAUGGACUUUAUGGAGCGAGAUGCUAGAAACUACAUCGGUCAACACAGAAGAUCCUUAUGUAAGGAUGGUGAUGGACAAGCACUGUUGCGACACUUUUCGGCAAUGAAAGAUUUAAACAAAGAGUUCUUUUACGAAAUAGAGUUGGAUGAAGGGAAUAGAAUUUGUUCUGUUUUUUGGGCAGAUGCGAGAAGUAGAGCAGCUUGUGAAGAAUUUGGUGAUGUGGUGUGUUUCGACACAACUUAUCUAACAAAUAAGUACGAUAUGCCUUUUGCGCCAUUUGUUGGAAUAAAUCAUCAUGGCCACUCCAUAUUACUUGGUUGUGGGUUGUUAUCGUCGGAAGACACAAGGUCUUUUGUGUGGUUGUUUCAAUCAUGGUUGAGAUGUAUGGGUAAUAAGGCCCCAAAAAGGAUUAUAACUGAUCAAUGUAGGGCAAUGGCGAAUGCCAUUGAAGAAGUCUUUCCAAAUACUAGGCAUAGAUGGUGUUUAUGGCACAUAAUGAAGAAGUUGCCAGAAAAAUUUAGCGCUUAUAAAUAA